UUGCAGCGCUUGUAGUUUUGGAGGGGACAGUGGCAGGAUCUUGUCAUUCUGCCCUGGGAAGCCCUAGCUUUCCACCGCAGUGUGUCAGAGAGAAAUCUUUUGCCGUUCCAAAUUAAAGGUGCAGCUGGCCUCAUCUCAAGAUGUCUAAUGCAAAAGAAAGAAAACAUGCUAAGAAAAUGAGAAACCAGCCCACCAAUGUGACCUUAUCCUCUGGCUUUGUGGCUGAUAGAGGAGUAAAGCACCACAAUGGAGGUGGAAAAGCUUUCCAAGCUCCAAGACUAGAUCCUUUUUCUGGAACUGCACUACCACGGCAAACCAAAACGACCCACUAUGCACCACCUGAGCCUGACGUGAGUGAGCAGCCUUCCUCCAGAGUAAUGUUUAAGAAAAAGGGAGGCUGGAGAGCAGGUCCUGAGGGCACAUCGCAGGAGAUUCCCAAGUAUAUCACAGCCUCUACUUUUGCUCAGGCUCGAGCUGCUGAAAUCAGCACUAUGUUGAAAGCAGUGACUCAGAAGUCUUCGAAUUCGCUGGUUUUCCAGACUCUGCCACGACACAUGAGACGAAGAGCCAUGAGCCACAAUGUCAAACGCCUUCCGAGACGCUUACAGGAGAUGGCUCAGAAAGAGGCAGAGAAAGCAGUACAUCAGAAAAAAGAACAUUCAAAAAAUAAAUGCCAUAAAGCUCGAAGAUGUCACGUAAACCGGAUGCUAGAAUUUAACCGUAGACAAAAGAAGAACAUAUGGCUGGAGACGCACAUCUGGCACGCCAAGCGGUUUCACGUGGUCAGGCAGUGGGGCUACUGCCUCGGGGAGCGGCCGACGGUCAAGAGCCACAGAGCCUGCUACCGAGCUAUGACGAACCGCUGCCUCCUCCAGGACUUGUCCUACUACUGCUGUCUGGAGUUGAAGGGCAAAGAGGAAGAAAUACUGAAGGCACUUUCUCCGAUGUGCAGCAUAGACACAGGAUUGACGUUUGCGGCAGUUCACUGCCUGUCUGGAAAGCGCCAAGGCAGUCUCACGCUUUACCGGGCACAUAGAUACCCCCACGGCGUGCUGGGGCCUGUGACGUUUAUUUGGAGGCCCGAGAGGACCCCCGGUGACACUUCCGAGAGCAGGCAGCUGUGGAUCUGGCUUCACCCGACUCUUAAACAGGAUAUUUUAGAGGAAGUAAAAGCAGCGUGCCAGUGCACAGAACCCAUCACACCGACCCCCUGCGUCCCCGACCCCCUUCCGACUCCGUCCCACGACCAGAGCCAACCUGCACUGCCCGACGAGAAAAUUGGCGAGAAGAGAAAACGGAAAGAUGAUGGAGAAGAUGCUAAACCAGUUAAAAAAUUUUUCGGGGACGGAACUAGAGAUUCACAUCAGCCCCGUUCUUGGAUCUCUGCAGCCACAGGCAUUGUGAUCAGUGAUUUGACGAUGGAGAUGAACAGGUUCCGCCUGAUUGGUCCACUCUCCCACUCCAUCCUAACUGAGGCGCUAAAAGCUGCCUCUGUCCACAUGGAGGGAGAGGACACAGAGAAGACACCGCACCUUUGGUGGACUGAAACCUGUAAGAAUCCUGAUGCUGUUUCCCUUCACCGCAGACAAGAAGCCAUUUUUGAAUUGUUGGGAGGAGUCACAUCACCAGCAGAAAUCCCGGCAGGUACUGUUCUGGGACUGACAGUUGGGGAUCCUCGUACAAAUUUGCCUCAAAAGAGGUCCACCGCUUUGCCCAAUCCAGAAGAAUGCCAAGAUAAUGAGGAGGUUAGACAGCUGCUCCUGGAGGGUGUGCCUGUGGAGUGUGCGCACAGCUUUAUUUGGAGCCACGCUGUCUGUGAGAGUGUCACAGAGAACAAAAUCUCGGAUCAGGAUUUAAACCGGAAGAGAAGUGAGUUGCUGGUGCCUGGGUCACAGCUUGUUCUAGGUCCCCAUGAAUCCAAGAUACCCAUCCUUCUGAUCCAGCAGCCAGGCCGCGUGGCUGGAGACGACCGGCGAGGCUGGGGAAGCGGCUGGGACGUCCUGCUGCCCAAGGGCUGGGGCAUGGCUUUCUGGAUUCCGUUUAUCUACCGAGGUGCAAGAGCAGGGGGAUUAAAAGAGGCCAGAGUGCAUUCUCAGUACAAACGGUCACCUUACGUCCCGGGCGAUUUCCCAGACUGCUCUGCUGGGGUUCUGUUUGCUGAAGAACAAGCCAACGAUCUUCUUGAAAAGUACAAAAGACGCCCUCCUGCCAAACGGCCCAACUACGUGAAGCUGGGCACCCUGGCCCCUUUCUGCUGUCCCUGGGAGCAGCUAACUCGAGACUGGGAAUCGAGAGUCCAGGCCCGGGAGGGGUCACCCGGAGCUCUCCCGCCGAGAGGGGAGGGGAGCGACUUGAGAGGAGACGAGGUGCCUUGCGUUCCCACGCCUGAAAAAACCCGUCAGGCGCCUGACGAAGCAGACACAUCGCUACAGGACGCCACCGGCAGCCUCCUCUGUGUUCUGAGGAGCAGAGCGUCACUGAAGCAGCUGUCAGCCUGGUGCGGGCCCAGUUGUGGGGGCCGACGGGCAGCCCAGCGUGCUCCCGGCAGGGGCCAGCGAGACCUGACCCCGGAGGCCUGCCUGCCCCUCUUGGACCGCUUCCCCAGGGCCCUGGUGUGGGUCAGCCUGUCCCUGCUCGGGAAGGGCAGUCCGGAGCCGCGCACCAUGAUCUGUGUCCCAGCCGAGGAGGACUUCCUGCAGCUCAGCCGGGAUCGGCUCUACCGUGGGCCCCAGGAGCCCAAGCACAGCGACCCCUUCAAGAGCAAGAUCCGGAAACAGAAAGAGAAGAAGAAAGUAGAAAAGAGGCAGAACCACAGACCUGCCGGGUCUGAGGGUCUGACGGUGGGGGGCCCUGCGGCGGGGGCCCCGGCUCUGACCCUGGGCUUGUGGUCAGGCCCCCUUCCCGACUUGACUUCUCACUGCUCCCGAGCUCUCCUGGGCUUUGUCACCCAGGGAGACUUCUCCAUGGCUGUGGGCUGUGGAGAGGCCCUGGGGUUUGUCAGUUUGACGGGCUUGCUGGAUACGCUGUGCAGGCAGCCGGCAGUGCAGAGGGGCCUGGUGCUGCUGCGGCCUCCCGCCUCUCUGCAGUACCGAUUUGCGAGGAUAGCCAUCGAGCUGUGAAUGUCGGUUACACUCCUGCUGGGGCGCAGGUGACAGCUGCUUGCCUGCUCCACCGUCGGCAGGUUUGGUUUCAGCUGUCUUUGGUUUUGAAAUAUGUGAAAUUCCUUGGAAACAAGAAUAAAGAAAUUAUGUAUUAUGCAAAUA